AAAGCUCAAGUAGAGCGCGCUGAAGGGGGCGGUGACUUCAUGAGCGAGAGUAGAAACAUUCAAAAAUGGCAGAUGACGAGAAACUACCUUCUGGCUGGGAGAAGCGCAUGAGCCGCAGCUCAGGCCGUGUGUACUAUUUCAAUCACAUUACAAAUGCCAGCCAGUGGGAGAGGCCAAGUAGUGAUGAUAAGGGGGAACCUGACAAAGUGCGCUGCUCACACCUGCUGGUUAAACAUAACCAGUCUCGGCGACCAUCUUCAUGGCGCCAGGAACGUAUUACCCGAUCAAAAGAAGAAGCCCUGGAACUUAUACAGCAAUAUAUUGAAAAGAUAAAGUCCGGAGCAGAAGAUUUUGAGACUUUGGCUUCACAGUUCAGUGACUGUAGCUCUGCUCAUAAAGGUGGUGACUUGGGACUAUUUGGGAGAGGUCAGAUGCAGAAACCUUUUGAAGAUGCCUCUUUUGCGCUCAAAGUGGGUGAUAUGAGUGGACCAGUCUUCACAGACUCUGGCGUGCACAUCAUCUUACGCACAGGGUGAAAUGGGAGGCUCAAACUCUUACCUUUAAACCCCCCACCCCAUAUGCCCUUAGCCCUAUUUAACCAUUUUCUCCUCUAAACAGUUCAAUUAUCUUGGCCAAAGGUUCUGGUGAGGAGAGAAUAUAGCCUUUUUCCAGUUUAGUUUUUUAUAUAUAUAUUAAAAUUUAAGUAUUGACCAUUCUUUUACCCUGUCUUCCUAAUAAAUGUGUUAGCUGGCAAAAUUCUUCAAAUAAUAAUAGAAAUUAAUCAUUUGCCUUAAAAAUUUAACACCAUUUUAAAAUUAAGCCCGCUCCCAGCAAUGAGAAAAUGCCUUCCCUUGGCUUUAAAGGAACUGCAGCGAGCAGUGCUUCUUGAUGGGUUGCUCAGCAAUGCUUCCAUUUCACACGUUGUUUAAAGUUUUAAGAUGCUGCUCUUUUACCUAUAUGGUGAAUUACUUUGCAUUGAAAAUAUUGGCAGGUAUUGGGUGGGGUUAGGAAUAGUGGAGAAGCAGGCAUUCUGUUGGUGAAAGCUGUGUUUGUGUAGUCAUAUUUAGAAGUGCUGCCAUGUUACUUGUAAUGGUUGUUCUGAAUGACCAUUAAAAGAAUUUUUAAUCCUGA